UAUGAUUGUAAAAAAAUCAGACCACUUUUGAAUGGCAUUCUUAAGAGUUGAAUAUAUAAACCCGUAGUAGCCGUCAUGCCAUCUGAAAAGAAAUUCGUCGUAUGAUCCUUCCAUGUCUAUUCAUACAGCUGCUACUUUUGAACCCUUGGGAUUCGCUUGGUAUUGAGAAUGCGACUCAUGCCUCUUCUCUAGCGAGGUCUACACCUGACAUCCACUAUUUUCUACUAGGUAUCGGAUCAACGAUAGAUUCAUCUGGGUGUAAGAUACCAGAAACAGGACUUUGGUAUCCUACUGCCUUGACUUCCUAUGGCAGCUCAGAAGCCCUAAGCUAACAGCUACCUAAGGUAAUGACGAUAUACCGUUGUGAGGGGAGAUCCGAGGGGAGAUACUGUGACAGCUUUCUCAUGGUCAAACAAAACCAUCAUUUACCACUCGUCUCACUAUAAGCUUUGGGGUAAUGAUCGCACAAAGGCCAGCACUAGUCGUGAUAGUCGGAGUUUGAGGCGACGCCAAAGAUCCUCAAGAGUGCCGUUCGUGUUGCUCCCUUUUACCAUGUACAUUGUGCGGAGCAGUCAGCCUCAGAACACGGCGUUGACGUCGUUUCUGGAACAGUUCGUGAACGCAACCCUGAUGUUCUGAAACGCUUAGCAGAGCCUCAAGAAAGUGUAGUAUAAGUGUUGCAUAACCCUUCAAACGUUAGCGUAUGGAUCUAGAUUUCGACGCUACACUAUAGAAUAUCCCUACAAAAGAUAGGCCAAUUGUAUUCCGUAUUAUAGAAAUAUACGGGUCUUCUUACUAAGGCUACAGUACAUA